AUAUCCCCGUGCAUGCGCAGUCCCUGAUCAACUAUGGCGAGUGCAAGCAGUGAAUCGAAUACUAUCCCGGGACAAGAAGCGGACACGCCCCUUCAAUGGAAAGCGAUCAGUUUAACUCACGUGGAAUAUGUCAAGGGUGAUAUUAUUGGGUACGGCUUGGCAUGGCUCAGUCUACUGCCAAUAUUCAUUCUGGUGGCCUUUGUCACACUCAUCAUCUUCAGAAGAGAUUUGCACACCAUUUCCUUCUUCCUGGGUAUGUUGGUUAAUGAGGCAAUCAACUGGGUACUAAAACACAUCAUAAGAGAAUACAGACCAAUCAGAGAUAGAAAAAAUGUUUUCUCAGAAUAUGGAAUGCCAUCAAGUCAUUCGCAGUUCAUGUGGUUCUUUUCUAUGUAUCUUACAUUUUUCCUAUUUAUCAGAGUGUACAAAAAUUAUACCUGGUUAGAUGAUCUAUGGAAAUAUGCAACCAGCUUUGGUGGCUUCGUGGUAGCAGCUUUAGUGUCGUACAGCAGGGUUUAUCUGGGAUACCAUUCACUGGGCCAAGUGUUCUGGGGUGCUGUGGCUGGGAUCAUUCUAGGAACACUAUAUUUUGGUGUGGUGCAGUUUGUAGUCACUCCGUUGUUCCCCCUUAUAGCAGCUUGCCCUUUAGGCGAGCUGUUAAUGUUACGAGAUUCAACACUUAUUCCCCAUGUGAUGUGGUUCGAGUACACGUCAUCCAGGACAGAAGCAAGGAGUCGACAGAGGAAGAUGACGGCCAGAAAGUCUCAAUGACGCUGACUUUCCACACCAUGUUUUUAUUUAGGUUUUGGUAAUACUUACAAUUUUAUUGUCCAUUUCUAAGAGUCGUCAUUUUGAUGAUAUUUCUUUUAUGUACAAAAUGAUAUUUUCUAUCUGCAAUUUGUCCUAUCUCAGAGCUUCCUUGUCAUCGAUGGGUUUUAACUUACAUGAUAUAUUUAAAUAUAUUCGCUAUGUGACUAUUUUGAAUAUUAGAGAGCAGGUGGAAGAAUGUCUACACUGUCCAGACUGAGAGUAUGGUUCAUCUGAUUUUUUCGUAUAUAUAUAUAUAUAUAUAUGUCUUCAUGUGAUGUUAGCUUGAGGUUAUUUAUUUACAUAAAGCUGUGAAUGAUUAUUAAAUAUGCAUCUGAAUGAUAACAAUACAGUUUGUUUAUUCUUGUGAUAUCAUUAUUAUCUUUGAGUGUAUUCAGUACUUUCAUCAUAAUUACAAGCGCAACACAGUAUUUUGAUAUAUACAUAUAUAUAUAGCAAUAUUUUCAUGUGAUUUUUUUUCAACAACCUUAUGUAUUUCAUUGCAUCCUAAUGCAAGUGCAAUCUUCUUUGAGCUCUUAUGCUCUAACUAAAAUUAAUCUUUAUCCCAUUUUUGAUUUUCAUAGAAUAUAUAUUAAGUUAUAUUAUGAAAUGCAGCACAUUGGGAACAUUCCUUGUUUUCAAGCAAGUGUUUUCUAUUUGUUAAUCAACGGAGACAAACUGGUUAGAUUUUAUUUUGAAAUAAAAAAAUACACAGAUCUCACGCAGUGUUUAUCCAUAGACUAGUGUUGGGUUAGCCAGGAAAAGUGUUAUUGUCAACAUCAAAUUUAAGUCUUAAAUAUUACAUGUAUUAGGAGAAUGUAAAUAUAAAAGUUGUAACCAUGGUUACAGUGAUGCUGAAAUUAUCCAUCUGCGCAUUACAGUUAUUGAAUAUUUUUUCCUUGCACAAUGUCUCAGAUCCAGAAACUUACAGAUACAUAUGUAACAUUACUGUGUUGUGUUAGCACUGCAAAUGUUAAUGCAAAUUUCUUCUUUCAUUUGCAAAACAUCACUAUGUUGAAUCAGUGGUAUUUAUUGUAUGAUCAAUAAACGUAUUCCAUAUUAUGUAUGUUAGAUGUUGUGUUGAAGAACAGUUCAACAUUUUGGACCAAAAAAUAUCAAUGUCAUCUUCAGGAAAUGUUGCUUAUAGUCUUACACCAGUGAUCAUGUCUGGACAUAGAUGUCAGUCGGUGGUUCUAGAAUUGAACAGUUUUAUGCUUAAUCAUAUUCCAUACACACCUUGUGACAUUUUAAUUAUUAUUGUCAAUAAAACAAAACAUGUCAAAGUUUGGCCUCAUUGCCAAGUAGGUAUUCUAGUUUGCUUGCAGACAAAAUAAACUAGUUCAAUAUGAAACAAAAUGUCUUGUACAUGGAUAUGUUAAUUUCAUCUCCUAAGGUGUAUAUGUCAGUGAGGCAGCUGUCAAUCACCUGUCACUAACCUGUCAGCUAGGUAAACAUAUGUUCAUUGAUGUCGUCUGUUGUUGGCAGGGAGAUAAUGGAUGCUGUAAUUUAAAACUGAAGUAGAGUAUGUUGUAUUUACUGAAUAUCUUGUUAUAGCAUGACUUUCUACAUUUAAACUUUUUAAUACAUGGUAAUAUUAUAUUAUACGAGAUAUCAAUGUCAUGCCCCGCUAUCAAUAGGGACUUUCUUCAAGUAGUUAUGCAUGAGGUAUAAAGUGUGUGGUUCACUAGAAAUGUUACUUCCAUACCUGUCAAAAUCUACGUCUUUAUGACAGAUAUUUACUGCUUCUUAAAUAUGUAAAUAUAAAUCUUAACCAUUCAUUGUAUAAGUCUUGGUAAGAUGUGCAUACUAGAAUAAUUGUGGUAGAUCUAUAUGUAGUAUCUCAAUUUUUGCAUGUAUUUAGAUCACAAGGAUAUUGAUAACUGUUGUUUAAAUUAAUGUUAUUUUAGAUAUCAUAAUAGUUAAUGCUGGAUAUUUAGUUGAAAUACUAGGAAGGUAUUUUACAUUGAUUUCCAAUAUUUAGUUUGAAUGAAAUUAACGCUAUUUGUCCAGUCAAGAAGCUGAUGUAGAUAUGCCAUGUUGUUGUGAUGGUUCUGCGAUUCCAGCAGGAUUCUUCAUCACUUUCCCCCGGAUGGGUAUCCAGCACUGAUCUCUCGCCAUGAUUAUCACCAUCCGGCAUCAUCAAUCCUUUCUAAACAAAACAAAGGAAUAAAUAUCCAAACGAGAACAGUCAUUAUUUUUUUUCUAAAACCAUUUCCACCAUUUGUGUUUAUGAAGUGGGAAUUCAUCUGUGGCAUAAUUCUAACCGUUUCCCAUGUAAAAUAUCUUUCACACAUAGUCAAGCCUACAACAACGAUCUUGGGUAUAGUGAUAUGAGCACUGAAACCAAUUUUAC